CAAGCUCCGCCCACCCCUUCGGCAACUUCCGGCUCUCGUCGGCAAUCUCCGGCAGCGGAGGGGGCGGAGCUUCAGGCCUCGAUGAACCCACAUUGGAAGAGGCCACAACCCAGUUCAGGAGGACCCUGGGGCGGCUCAUAGAGCAGAACGUGAGAGACCAGAAGCUCUAUGCUGAGCUCCAUUGGGCCCUACAAGAGAUCAAGGAUGACUUCGAGAGGCUCAUGAGGCGCUUCCAGAAGCGAGCCUUUUGCAUCAACCCCUGUGGGCGGAUGGAGGUUGUGUGGAUCGAGUGCAUCUCCUGCAAUGUCACCUUGUUCAUGUGUGACCGGGGGGUGAAGUGUGGGGAGCGCUCCCUGCUGGUGCCGCAGGGGGAGCAGCUGCUCCUGGACUGUGGCCUCAGCUGGCACCGAACAUCCUAUGGGAGCAAGAGAUACAGAUUGUACCGGAUACUGGGAUCGGGAAUGGGAGUUACUGGUAACAGUGGGAUCCGGGAUUGGGAUCAGGAUCAGAGCUGGGAUCAGAACCGGGAUCGGAGCCGGGAUCGGGAAUGGGAUCCGGGAGUUACUGGUAACAGUGGGAUCUGGGAUCGGGAUCAGGAUCAGGUCUGGGAUUGGGAUCCAGGAAUCAUUGGGAUCCGGGAGUUACCGGACCAGGACCAGGACCAGGAUCAGGAUCAGGACUGGGACCAGGACCAGGAUCAGGUCCAGGACCAGGAUCAGGUCUAG